CCGAGAGAAACAAGCGUGCGAAGCUGCGCUCAUCCCUCUCUAUCGUGGGCUCCAAGACACGCACUGUAAGGUGGAAGUAACUUUUAUCCUCCAGAGAAGAGUUAUAAACCACUCGGAAUAUAAAUCUGGUCGAAGGUGUCACGUCAAACGAUUACCAUGUCGGCCUCAUCGGCGAAAGUCAACAGAAAGGAGAAUUCAAAUCACGACGGAGCGGACGAGACCUCUGAAAAAGAGCAACAGGAAGCAAUUGAACACAUCGAUGAAGUACAGAAUGAAAUUGACAGACUGAACGAACAAGCAAGUGAAGAAAUUUUAAAAGUAGAGCAGAAGUACAACAAAUUACGCCAGCCCUUCUUUCAGAAACGAUCAGAACUCAUAGCCAAAAUCCCCAACUUCUGGGUCACAACAUUCGUCAACCAUCCACAAGUUUCAGCUCUUCUGGGGGAGGAGGACGAGGAAGCACUUCAUUACUUGUCGAGGGUGGAGGUCACUGAGUUUGAGGACAUCAAGUCUGGAUAUAGAAUAGAUUUUUAUUUUGACGAGAACCCGUAUUUUGAGAACAAAGCCCUCUCCAAAGAGUUUAAUGUAAAUGAGAGCGGAGAUCCAGUUUCCAAAUCAACUGAAAUCAAAUGGAAGGCUGGAAAGGACCUGACGAAGCGCGCAGGCCAGACACCAAACAAAGCUGGGAAGAAGAGGCAGCAUGAAGAGCCAGAGAGCUUCUUCACCUGGUUUACAGAUCACUCUGAUGCAGGAGCUGACGAGCUGGGAGAGGUGAUCAAGGACGACAUCUGGCCUAAUCCUCUGCAGUACUACUUGGUCCCCGACAUGGAAGAUGAGGAAGGUGACGGAGAUGAUGAUGACGACGAUGAAGAGGAGGGUCUGGAAGAUAUUGAUGAGGGGGAGGAAGAGGAAGGUGAAGACGAUGAUGAGGAUGGUGAUGGAGAAGAUGGAGAGGAGGACGGUGAGGAUGAAUAAACACUUCAGCCAACACCUUCUCCCAGUCCUGUGAUGUGAUCAUCCUACAUCCCAUGGGAGGAAAUUAUUUUGUUUGUAUUGUGGUGGGGGGGCGAGGGUUGAAAAGCAAAACAAAAAUCUUUUUUCCUGUGUGUUGUCAGCCCGUCCGUCCUCUUCCUCUGCUGCCACGUCCUGUCUAUAACCCAUAACGCCAUGUCCAAAGACCAGCUCCAUACACAGCAGGUCUGCAUCGGGUUUGGGGGGGGAGGGGGAGUCUCACAUGUCAUCGUUAUUCUUCAUCUCGAAGAGACAUUAUUAAAAAAAACCUGUAGCAUUCUGCACGUCAUCCUACGUAGAUUUGAAAUACGUACCAUAGCAAUUUGUAUGUAAAAUAUGACAGUUUCUGUUGAAGUUGUGAGUUCAAUACAAAUUAAGCCAUGGUGCAGUAAUAACUUAGUCAAAGCAUCCUUAUCCACCAUAUCUAUCUAUCUAUCUAGAUAUAUCUAUAGAUAUGUCUAUAUAUAUUAUACCUAAUAUAUAUAUGUGUAUAUAUAUAUAUAUUAGGUAUAAUAUGGUAAGGAUGCUGAGGCUUAUUAGAAGUUGCAUUCUCCUUUGUGACUCGUACUAACGGAACUGAUUGAAAGCACCAGCUUGUUCCUUUCAACUGUUGUAAAUGUUUUUGGGUUCUACGUGUAUCUUGGUAAGACAGUUGAUCCUUGUACAGAGUUUAAUGUGGUGGGGCGGCGGGGUUUCGACACCAAAUCUGGAUUUCCGUUAAAUGAAUUUUCAUGAUCUUGUUUUUCCAGACGGCCACAACAAGGUUUGCAAUGUACAUUUUUUAUAGAAACAACCUAAAAGAUCUAACUUUGAGCUUAACCUAACAUUUAGAGAUGGGAGAGAAAUUGUGUAGAGUCCUCUGUGGAGUCUGCAGUGUUUCUCCUGUUCCACUGGAAACCUGUUCACAUUAAAUUAAGUGUACCAGUUGCUUUGUUACAAGAAAUAAAUGUGUACAUGAUGAUUGGAGUAGUUUGAUUGUAUUUAGACAUUACAGUUACCUGCACCAGGGUUUGUUUUACGCAUACUUGCUGUCAUAAGGCCCAGUAGUUACACAGCUGAUUAUACUUUUAAGAAUGUAGUAAAAGUGAACGUAUUUAGAGACGAAUGACAAAACAGACAUGCACUUGCAAAGUUUCAUUUUUGGCUUAGACAAGUAAGAAUGGGAUUUUUUGACAAACCAGUUCUAACAGAGCGCUGGUUUCAGACUGUACUGUCUGCUCUGGGACCAGUGGAUGCUAAUGAUCUUUGAUUAGAUUAAGAUUUCUUAUAUCAAAUGUAUCGAAGAUGUGUCCUCUUAUUGAAUAUCAAGAUGUAAGUGGGUUUAAAAUGAUUAGUUUGGGCCGGUAAGUUGGAUAAUUGGACAUAAAUCUCCUCCAGUGGUGGGGAGAAGUAAACUACAUGUGUUAAAACUAGUAGAUUAACUUAAUUUUGCAGUAGCUUGCUUUCUGGUUCUUUGUUCAUAUUUGCCAAGUGAUUCAAGUUAACUUUUUUUUUUUUUUUUUUAACUUUGUGGAAACUACAAACGGGGCCAGGAAAAGUAAUUGAACCUCCUUUGACCAGCCCUGUCUCCUUUUCUUUAAAUGUGUUUGUCAGGCAGUUGCUGCCACACACUUGACCUUUCACCUUUUGUGAAGAACCUUCAUGUGCAAAAGGGCCAGCGUUGCUCAGUGCUCACACAGCGAUGGCAUCAACAUGCAACCUGCUGAACCUCAGCCUGAGGAAGAAUCACCCUAAAGCAAAAACAUGACACAGACUAGCAGCACUGUCAAAACUGGUAGUUGUACACGGGAGCUAUGCAAGACAAGAUUAAAUGUUAUUGGUAUCAUAUUUUGUCAUAAUUUCCAAUCGCAUGUACCUUGUCAAUUGAAUAAUGAAACUACUAAGUGGCUUCAAUAAAUCA